GAUGGCGGACAGUUUAACUUGAAAAAUGUUCUUCACGCCAAGAGCGUCCUAUAUUUCAACGUAACAUCGCGAUGACCUUAUUAGCUUUGAACUGGUGACGGUAAGGAAUCUUAAGAUGGCAGGCUUCCCGAGUGAUGAUACAACCUCCUUGAACCUGAAGAGAGACUUUGACACAUUUCUGUCAGGCAGGGCAAGGAAGCCAUCAAACCUGAGUAAUCGUGGUCUACACUUCAGCUUGAAUGAGCUGGAUGCAAGUAGUUUGCCCAAGGAGCAGUAUUCCUCCAUGUCCAUGCAGUCAUUACUAGAACACGACAGAAAGGAGAAAAUGAGAGAAUCAGAAAUUAUUUCAUCAAAGACUCACAUUGCUGAGCUCGAAUCUAAAAUCGCCAAACUGGAGACAUCAAAUAAAAAAGCCAGGAUUGAAUUUGAAAGAGAUAUAGGAACGAUCAAACACAAGUCUCAGGUAGAGAUUGCCAAGUUGAGAGAAUACAAAGAGAAGUGGCAGUAUUUGAUGGAUCGGGAGGAGGAGGCACGCGGACAGCUGGCUGAAGCUAGGAAGGAGGUGGAGGCUUGUAAGACUAGCUAUGAACAAAAGAUAUCUACACUACAACGAGACAAGCUUCAGCUUGAGGAAGAUUUACAUCAGAGUCACGAGGCUAUGCGGGUGAAGGUGAUGGAGAUGAAAAAUGAACUGUGGAGACAGAAGACAGAGCUAGAGAUCUGUAAGAAUGAACUGGAGGAGACCAAUGCCCAACUUAAACUGCAGCUUAAGCGUUCCACAGAAAUAACCACACAGAUGAAGGAGCUAGAAGAAUACAAGUUGAGGACUCUUGAUGCGGAAUCCAAGAAAAGGGAACUUGAACAAAAACUUCAAAAGUUUGAAGAUGAUUCUGUCUUAGUGAAAAGUAUGAAAAGCCAGUUGUCAAGAGUACCUGAAUUGGAGAAGGAAGUUCACUCCCUUACUGAGAAGUGUGAGUUCUUAAAGGAAACAGAGGAGAAUGUAACCUUGCUGAAGGAGCAGAUGGAGGGGCUGCAGUCCCGUCUACAUAGGGCUGACCAGAGAUGUGCAGAACUGGACAGGCUACAGGUGGAGAAUGAGAUGUUGAAGAAGAAAAUUAAGAAAUGGGAACUGAGCGAUUCUGAGCAAAUGUCACCAGUGGAGAUGAAGAGGAGGCUAGCAGAGUCACAAAAGAGCCAUUUACUCUUACUGGAGACUCGGGGACAGCUUCAGUCCAAGAUAUGUUCAUUGGAAGAUGAGCUGAGGACAAAAGAGGAACAGCAUCGCUCAGACAACAGCUCCCUCUUUCAGAAAACUUGUCGCUCACAACAACAGGAUGAUCUCAUCAGGAGAUUACAGAAGAAACUUCUCCUUAUUUCCAAGGAAAGAGAUGCAUUAAAGCGGAUCCUGGACUCUUAUGAAAGUGAGAUGACUGUGAAUUUAGAUUCUCACACUGGCAGUCGACAGCAGCAGAUGGACGAGGUGAUACUUGGGUAUCAAAGACAGAUAGAGCAAUAUGAGGGGGAUCUAGAGAACAGGGGAACAGUUAACACAGGAAAAAACCAGAGCUCAGCAGCUGGAGCAAAGACUAAAGAGCUGACAUGUAGUUCAUCACAUAGUCAAGCAGAUGAGGCCACAGUAAAGACCAUCAGAGAACUGAGAGUGACAAUAGCUGAACUGGAGAGCAAAUUGGAGACGGUGGAGGAACAGAAAUUUGUCUUGGAGUCACGAAUUGAACAGCGCCAUUUACAGGGUGAUUUUGAUCCAAUGAACACAAAGGUGGUUCAUUUCCGCAUGAACCCAGCAGCUGUGGCUCAGAAACAGCGGGCAGAGGAGCUGAAAACAGUGAAGGAGGAGAACAUCAAAUUAAAAGAGAGGGUGAAGAUACUGGAGGAGACAGGGGGCCAAGUACAGGAUCUGACCAUGGUGGUGGACAAGAAUGUCCAGGACAAACAGGGCCUUAGUGUGGAGGAAUUGAAAGCCCAGUUGUCGUCAGCAGAGUUGAAGACAAAACGUCUGAUGGAAGCUUUCAAGGAGAAAAGUCAACAACUAAGGGAGAUAAUUUAUGAAGUUGUGGGGUACAAAAUUGACAUGUGCAACACAAAUCAGUACAGGCUAACAAACCGAUAUGCUGAGUCACCCAAUGACUGGUUGCUCUUCAUGCAAAGUAGCUCUGGAGAAGUGCAGAUGUUAGAGACAGAAUACUCCUGCACAUUAAAGAGCCUGAUGGAAGUAUACUUGGAGAAGCAGGAUAGCAUACCUGGGUUACUUAGUGCUAUAACAUUGGAACUGCUUUCACAACAGACCAUGAAACAGUAACGCAACUCCCAUGAUUAUCUCCUCAGAUCACCAAUACAUGCAGACCGUGUAUAUCCAGUGUUGGAUGGCUGUAUUUUUGAAGUUGCUUAUAGGACUGGUAAAUUUGUGUGAGGUUUGCUCUGAAAUAAUUCAAAUGAAAAACUUACAUUUUUUAUGCCUUUUUUGAUAUUUUGGAUAGAUCUGCUCUUUUGAAGAUACAUUUACCACAUCUGGUAAAAAUGGACAACACUUAGUUUACGAACUUUGGCACUUUUGCGGCAUAAUUACCUGACAGGAUGGAAAGAUAGAAAAUUUGAUAUUUCCAUAGCAUUGGUGUAAUCUGUUCAUCUCUAGUCAGCACUUCUCAAGGUUUUAGUUCCAUAAAUUUGCUUGACAUUGAAUUAACCUUGCAGAAGCAACAUGUACAUUCUUAAAUAUUAACAUUAUCAAGCAGCAUUUGAACCUUGGAGUGGUAUACUAGAGGUAUAAAGCAAUCAUUGAUCAAUAGGGCAAAGGACUACUGGAAAUCUAAAGAUAACUUAUUCAGCUUAACCUUCUAAAUUCUUCACUCUAAAACCAGAGAUGCAAAUGUAAACUGAUAAAGAAAAGCAUGAUAUCUGUAAAUUGGCCGUUUGAUCUUCUGAGUUCUCAUAUCAGUGAAAGCCGUUUGAUUCCAUCUGGCAGUAUACACAUGUACUAUAUUUUCUUUUCACUUGGAAUUAUAAAUAGAGGUAUUAUAUAAUGUUGUGCAUCAUACAUUCUGUAUCUUCUAAUCCACUUCUAGCUUUAAUACAUAUGCACAAGCUUUGAAUUUCAUUUAGUCAUUUAAUUUGAGAGAUUAUAUAUGUGUAGCAGUGUGCAUGUACAGUGCAAUCAGCAUUGAGGCAAGUCAAGCUCAGUUCCACAUUUAUUUACUUUCAUCUUGGGCAUAAAAAUCAAGACCUUGUAUCAAAAGUAUUCCUAUUUAAUAUUUGAUUUGCAUUUAAUAAUGAUUGCAUUUAUCCUAUGUAACACCACAUUGAAUUCAAGGCCAUACAUGUACAUGGAUGUAAUGCAUGUCAUUAUGUGUAGUCUCUGAAAUGCUGGGUGUUGGCACGCCUCUCCACAGUUCUUGCAAAGCUUAAUGCCUGUCAGUUUGUCCUAAUGCAUGGAAUAGGUUUUUUCCAGCUUGUUUUACUGCUUGUUUAUAUCAUGCAGUGAUGUAAAUAUUUACUAUACAAUGUCUCUUAUAUCUGGAUAUACAUUGUAUCAGUAUGUCCACAGCAGACCAUGGUAUUAAUUUAGCCUGUGAUA